AUUAGACCUGUGCUCUGCCACUGCAUGUCCACGACACCGACUCAGCCAACUCUAACCUUUUUGUUUUAGGCUACUGUGGGUUGGUCCCGAUUUCAACCGUAUCUAAGGAAUGUUGCCAAACUCAAAGGCUGACGGCAAAAAGGAACUCAAGGACUUUGGAAGCGAACUUCGUCCAUACACAAAUUUGCAGCAAACCAAACAUUCUUAAAACCAAGAAUUCAACUGUUCUAUCGGGGUGUUCAGUUGUUUGAUAACUUUUGUAGGUGCUUCACUCGUUUGUAGGCUAUAACCUUUAAAUGAAUAUUAAACGUUAGGAUAGGCCAACUGGAGGAGUUUCAUAGGUGAAACAGGCAGCGCUUCUCUCCGGCAACGCAUUUGCCAUAUUGGACACAGACAAUUUUUUACCAUUGCACAGUCUCUCAAGAGGAAGAAAAAACACGAUUAUAGUCCAUCGACAGAACUCAUCACUUCAGGCAGUUUCAUUUUCGCCUUCAUGAAUGGUGAGCGCAAAUCUGUCAUGAAGGAUAUUUCUGCUGGCUAUAUGUCAAAAUGUAUGGAUCCGUGAGCAAAAUGUUAAUCAAAUGUUUUAUUCAUGAAAUAACGACAUAUUCGUUUUCAUAAACGUUUUUAUAUAAACUGGGUAAAUAGUGUGUGGUUUAGGCUACAAACUUCUGACAAAAAACUGUUCAAUUACGCAAUAGGGCAAUCCUCCUAUUUUUUUUUUAGUCUCAGUCUAAUUAUUGCCUCAUUGUUUUGUUAACUGGAAUAGGGCUAUGACUUUAAAUUCUUAUUAAUGUGGCCUACUUGAUCAAUUCCGUUUUCUUAAAGAUUUUUUCAACUCUGACGGCCUAUCAGCGUAAACGCCUUUUUUUUGGACUAUGGAGAUUCCAGUUGGAUUAGGAGGAGUUUGUGACUCCCCAAACAUAGUUUUUCGCGGACCUUUCCAAAACGUUUUCCACAACGUGAAAGCUACACUGCCUAGUAACACUACUGUCACCGAAACCUUGGACUUUUCUAGUUCGUACAGUUUCAUGCAGAAUAAACACCCCUGGGAGAUGCGCCAAACUAACCGGCAAUCACCCCGAAAAGAAAUAUCGUCAGGGACGGCUCGCAAUUCUGACAUUGAAGUGAGGGAAGAUGACAGCAUUAGUUUUUCCAGGACACUCGAAUCGGAUGCAAGACGUAUCCAUUUUGCCAAAAGCUCAACAGGAAACAAACCCGGGUUUUCCUCUGUGAACGAAUUAGACUAUCCAAACGCGAAUGGAUACGGAUCCGGUCGCCCUGGACCGUUAGCCUGCAACACUAAACAACAGUGCUGUCAACCAGCUGUGCCCCAUCACGGAGUGGAGUUAAGUCCUAACAGUUACGCCCGUGUGGCGAACAGUUGUUCCAAUUCUGCCUGCACAACCAUAUCAGAAACGGCGAGGGAGCUCUGCAACGCUGUCUCUGUGUCGCUGGGAUUGACCAUGGACUUGAAUGAGAUGAAUGACCUGGGACCUAAUUACGCACCAUCCAGUGCAAAUGACCAAAGUCAAGGCAACUAUUUGUUUCAGGUGCCUAUAUUGAAUUGUUCUGGAGCUGAAGAAAACGUCUCCAUUACAGAAUACAAAUGCCCUAGUGAGCGCAAUGCCAGGCCACUACAAAGUGAUACACGAGUUGAGAUGUUUAAAAGUUCCCCAGCAAAUGACCUUACAGAAGAAGUGGCGACCAUGGAGCACCUUAGCUCCAGACAUCCAUCCACAGGUGAACAGGAAUUUAGACUGAAUGAAAAGAGUGAUGACCCGACUUCAAAAGAAACAGAGAAUUCUCUGAGUACAAGAGCACGCUCUGCAUCUUGUCAUUUUGACCCACUGUUGCCAGCACACUUGGCACACUUCAGUCAAACUGACCCAGACAGAAUCUUGUCUCAUGUCAUCCCAGCUCAUGUCUGUGAAACUGGAGAAACAAUGGAGGACAAAUAUGCUGACUACUUACAACAACAGUACAGUGUCAAGAUAAAAUAUGAGGCCAUUAGUAAUGAACCUGCCGGAACGUCAUGGGGCUCUCAGUACAACGGGUAUAAUGACAAUGACAACACACACUAUGGACCGAGGCAGGGUAUGAAUCCAUACAGUGCGGGACCAGACUCCGGGUUCAUUUGUAACCCUUAUGAAUAUGAGCGGGGUGGUGGUCUGGUGCGCAGAGAGCGGCCAACUUCUGAGCAGUGGUACCCGGGCGGGAUGCUAGGGAGGAUGCCCUAUCCCAACUCCCCGUACUUAAAGAAUGAGGUCGGUGACUGGCUGGAUGUCUCUUACACAGAUGCCAGGUUUGAGGGUGGCAGAGACCACAUGUUCCCCAUGGAGUUCUUCUUCCCGCCCCAGAGGACCUGUCUGAUCUGUGCAGAUGAAGCAUCUGGCUGCCACUAUGGAGCGCUAACCUGUGGCAGCUGCAAAGUGUUCUUCAAGAGAGCUGCAGAAGGUAAACAGAAAUACCUGUGUGCCAGCAGAAACGACUGCACCAUCGACAAGCUUAGACGGAAGAACUGCCCAUCAUGUCGACUGAGGAAGUGUUUUGAAGCUGGGAUGACCCUCGGAGCACGUAAACUGAAGAAGAUUGGACAGCUGAAGAGCCCGGAGGAGGAUCUGCCUACCCAAGGCCCCACUGAUGCCAUCCAGUGUGUCUCUCCCCAGUCCGGCCUGACCUUCCAUUCCCAGCUGGUGUUCCUCAACAUCUUGGAGUCCAUCGAGCCAGAGGUGGUUAAUGCGGGACAUGACCAUUGCCAGCCGGACUCAGCUGCAGUGCUGCUCACCAGCCUCAACGAACUUGGGGAGCGCCAACUGGUCAAAGUGGUCAAGUGGGCCAAAGGCAUGCCAGGUUUUCGGAAUCUGCAUGUGGAUGACCAGAUGACAGUAAUCCAGCAUUCAUGGAUGGGGGUGAUGGUGUUCGGCUUGGGAUGGAGGUCCUACAAAAAUGUCAAUGCCAGAAUGCUCUACUUCGCCCCAGACCUGGUUUUCAAUGACCAUCGGAUGCACAUCUCCAGCAUGUUCGAGCACUGUAUACGGAUGAGACACCUCUCCCAGCAGUUUGUCCUGCUGCAAGUCACUCAGGAAGAGUUCCUCUGCAUGAAGGCCCUGCUCCUCUUCAGCAUCAUUCCAGUCGAUGGUCUUAAGAGUCAGAAGUACUUUGAUGAAUUGCGGCUGACCUACAUCAAUGAACUUGAUCGUGUCAUUAACUAUGGAAGGAAGUCCAACUGCUCUCAGAGGUUCUAUCAGCUCACCCGCCUCAUGGAUUCCCUCCAACCGAUCGUGAGGAAACUCCAGCAGUUUACAUUUGAUCUGUUUAUCCAGGCCCAGUCUCUGCCCACCAAGGUCAGCUUUCCAGAGAUGAUUGCCGAGAUAAUCUCAGUGCAUGUGCCAAAGAUCCUGGCAGGCUUGGCCAAACCAAUCCUUUUCCACAAGUAGCAAGUAGCAGGAUUUGCCAUCAUCCUGAGAAUAUCUGAUCCGAUCCAACUGACUCUAUAACCCUACAGAGCCAAGGCUCUUGGCUCUGUAGGUUUUCCCUGCCAUUGUUUUCUCUCUCUCAGCUCCUUUUCUUUUUUAUCGAAUAGCUCAACGUACCAUUUUUAAAUCAUUACAUCAUUACGGUAGUUUUGCUGCUUAUCAGACAUAAUUGAGAUCAUUUUCUCAAAUAGGCAGCAAGGUUUUAGCAUUUAUCUCAAGAGUUGCAAGGUGUCACCUUGUUGACGGCCCUAUCUGUCCUGUAUUUCAAGAACAAAUAUCACACAAGACCAGUGGGGUUACAUCAAAUGUAAGAAACAGAAGAAUACCAUUCAUUGACUGAAUGAAAAUAAAACUAAUAAAACUAAAUAAUAAAACUAACAAAUGCAGAAAUUGUUAAAAAUAUCUAUGCAUAUCUUUACUUUUGGAACUUUCAUGAGAUUGUGCUAUGUUCAUUUAAAAAACAACUACCAAAGGGAAUGUGGAAUUAGUCGUUUACAGCAUACUCACAUACAUACACAAUAGUUUAUCUGUAUUUACUAGCUAAAUUGCAUAUAUAUAUACAUAUAUAUAUAUAUAUGUAUAUAUAUAUACAAUGCAUACAUCACUACUGUACAGUACUUACAACUUUCUUGCUAGUUAUUUAGUCAGUGAACAAACAAUAUAUUCUAAUGGUACCGUCAUAAUUUCAUCUGAUUAUGGGAAAUGUUGUAAUAAUUCACCCAGAAGUGACUUACUUAUUAUAGACACACAGAGUGAGACAAUUGCAAAUAAUAACUUUUCAGAUAUAUUUAGUGGCAGUGGAUCUUUAAAAGUAUACUAUAAAGAUAUAGUAUGAAACCUGCUACAACUUGGCUGCACAUUUAGUCUCUUCAUGUAGUUUCAGGUGGCCAAAUGAUUUGGUCAAACGGAGCAUACCCAUAAUCUCUCAAUGCUGAAAAUGCUCUUAUAAGGUUUAACAUGGCCUGAAUAUUUGCAUUAUUUAGUUCAACAUCAGGAUGUAUGGAGGUUCAUGCUCCAUGUGUUUGUAGAUGUUAGAAUGCUUCAAUCUUUAUUGAAAACAAUGCAUGCCAGGUGUACAUUUUGCAAGUUCAGUGCAGCUAUGAUAGUUAUUGUGUUCAGAGUAAUCUCCAAUCUGCCAUUCUACCUGUAAAAGCAGGUUGACAUUUCAUUAGUUUAGACUGAGUCAAGUCAAAUAUUACCGCAUUUUUCACAUUAUUUCUUAUUAAGACAUCGGCUUUUCUUGAUGAUUCAUUCUGGUUUUGCAGUUAAGUGCCAAACAGGGACAUUUUAUUCUCUGCACUAGCAAAACAUUCUGACAUAACACCAUUAUUAUACCAAAACAAGUCUUUUUAUACAAUAAUCUGUACUUUUGCUUGUUUCAGAAAGUAGUGAAAAACAACCAAAAACAAUCAAGAAAAGCUCUGUUAUAAGAUCCAUGACAUGCAAACAAUGUUUAAACUAGGCGAGUGUGGUCUUUUUGUUCAGAUACCUCAACAAAAAUGGCAACAGGUGCUAAACUAUGGGAUUCAAUGAUAGCACGGGAUAGUCCCUGACUUUGCUUUUAUAUGCCAAAUGUAUCUUAAAUUACUACAUCAAAUCAAACCGUUUCAUAUUUUAGACUAGGUGAAAUGCAUUAUCAUAUUUAGAAUGUCAUUUAAAUGCCUUUUAAAAUGCUGAAAUCUUCAUGCAAAUAUCUGGAAAACAGCAAACUCCAGAAAGAUCACAUGUUCAUGGCCUCGACAUCUGAUUGAACAAAUGGUGGUUCAACAUUGGCUGAACCAGUAAUGUUAAAUGGAGUUUGCUGGGAAGCAUCUUGACGCUCUAAAUACUGUAGGCUGUGGAAAGAAUGGGUUGUCAGAAUACACUUUACGUUUGACAGCCACAAGCACUAUGCAAUUACUUGCAGGUGUUUACCCAUUUAUAACAACACCAUAGCUGCUUAAUUAGAAUAUAUGACUCCAGACUGAAACCUAGGCCAAGUUGAAAGUGCUUUAUAGAAGAAAAGUGACUGUUAAUAUUUGUCCCUAAAUAGACCACAUCAAACCUACAACAGGUAGCACUUACUGUAAUCAAUUAGUGUUACAAUACACAUGCUUCUCAGAUUUUAAGCAGUGAUUGAUUGCACCUAUCUUUGCCUGACACCAUAAAAAUAUCCAGGGAUGAAUCAAAAGAUAAUUUGACAGCAGUAGUUUUUGUUGUUGUUUUAUCACCAUAAAUGGCAAUAACAUGCAUCCUUCACAACAAUUGCACUCAUUCUCAGACACAUGCAUGUGACGCAUGCAAAAAUGGAAGCAUUAGAACUUCAGUCUACCUUGGGCAUGCAGAAAACAAGUCAAUUAUAGUGGUGUUAUAUAUUUCUUCAAUAGCUUGUGCAUAAAAAUCCAAAUCAACUGUAUACAUUGUGACUUAAAUCCUUUAACGCAUAUUACCAUUAGUCAAUUGAGACCAUAAUCAAAUGCAUUUGUACAAAUGUAAGUUCAAGUUGUUGUUGUUCUUGUGUUGUGAGGAACUUUACUUGUUGACCACCAUAAUUCUUAUAAAUGUACUGCAAUAAUAUGGAUCUCAAUUCAAUGAAACCACAUUGCAAUAUUCAAGCAGCAGCACAAAUCUAAACAUACCUUUUCCGUUAUAAACAAAAUGGCAAAAUGGUUUUGGUAGAAACAGCAGGUAGUGCUUUCAGUUUUCAGACACGUGUGCAUGACAGCAGUUGUGUAAACAAGGAUACUGCAUCAAUAUUGCUAUGGCAGAUUUAAUUGAAUUUCGGGCCUAGGUUACAAUUGCCCAUCUGAAAAUAUCUGAUCUUUUCUCGUCGUAGAGACAUUGGCUAUGCCUAUAUAAAAGCAAUAAAAUAAUUAAUUUGAAUAUUGAUAAGAAAAUGUUUUAAUACAUCAGAUGACAAUUUGUAAAUGCCAUGGGCACAUACUUGACAUUGGUAUUGUCGUAUUCCUUUGUUAAUCAUUUUGAUAAUAAAAUAUGCUCGUUACAGGUUUUCCUCAAAAGAACAUCCCAAAUCAGACACCUUAAAUCAGAAAAAAAUAUUUCUAUGUGUAGUAAUUCAAUAUUAAAGCCAUAGAUUUGCCUUAAAACGCAUAGAGAUUUUGUACCAUAUAUUAUUUUAGAUUAAGUGUAAAUUAUUAAAUUGUCUGUAAAGUAAAAUGAUCAGCAGUUGUGUCUACCAUAAUGAGGCCACUUUACUUAGCUUGAAUUCUGAGGUAAAUGACGAGGUAAAUUAGUUGGUAAAAUCGUUUCUGAUUUAAGGAAAUUAUCACAAAGAUUAAGCUAUUUCUCUUUAUACACCCAGUAGUCAUGCUAUGACUGCUUUGUUUAUCAUAUAAAACAUUUUUCACAUGCUUUUUAGAUUGACUUGGAGAACAGGAUUGCACUGCCAAGCAAUAAACAAUUUGCCAUAAUAAACUUUACUUUAAAUGUACCAUGGUAGACCAACAUUGAAUCAUAAUGACAAAAUCUAUUUAAAAAAAAUCCAGUUCCUAGAAUUGAUGUUUUCAUACUGUUGUUAUUAGUGGUAAUGCUUGGUAUGUAAAUGUUAUAUAUGAGUAAAUUACAUCACAAGUAUAUUAAAAUGUCAAAAUGGACACAGCUCUAUGUAUUUAUAAACCAUAUUAGCCUGAAUUUGUGUAAAUGGUACAAUGACUUUGUGUACAUGUAACUGAUUUAAAAAAAAAUAUUGGGAAAUCAAUUGUUAAUGCUUUUUACCUACCUUCUGUAGUAUUGACGAUGUACUCUGUGUUUUGUGAGAUUUUUUUUUAAACUGCAAACUUGCAUAACUUUUUAAAGAUAUUUGAGGCAAUCCUGACCAUCAACAUGGUGUUACCUAAUAUUUGAAAGUUUGUAGUAUUUCUACAAUUUAUCAUGUGAAGUGACUACUAGUGAAUGUGUCAUUAUUUAAGAAUCCCCCCCCACCCAUAAUCUGUAAAUUGAUUGUUCACCUACAGCUAUUGAUAUGAAUUGUGUCAGAUAAGUCUUAGUGUAAAUUGGGUUUAGUUUGUUUGUGUUCCUUUGCAUAUUAUUAAAAACAAUCAAAAAUG